GUGAUGUCUUUAGUCAGAUCGUUGAACCUGGAAUUCGUAACAGGGUCACCAGCUGGUUAAUCUCAGUUUUCAUUAUUAAAAGAAGUGAUUGUUGCAUACGUUGGAAAUGAAAAUUAUUUUCGAAGUUAUAAUUCUCACCAGUUUUUUAGUCUCCGCUCGUGCAGAGAGUUAUUGGACUAGUUGGCUUGACCGGGAUGAUCCAUCUGCGUCGGGGGACUGGGAGCUCUAUCACAGCUUUGCGAAAGAAGAGCAUGGGCCUCCUUGCAAAGCGGGUUUUGAGCCUGUUGAUGCAAACUGCAGAGUAAAGGGAAGCAAUAUACUCUGGUAUGAAGCAAAUCAAAACAUUUCUGUUUUGAACCGAUGUACACCAAGGGGAUUCGCAUGCGUAAACAGCGAAACUCAAAGUUGCAAGGACUAUGAAAUCCAGUUCCUGUGUUACAAACCUCCUGCCGAUGUCAACAUUUAUUGGACUCAUUGGCUCGAUCGCGAUGACCCAUCUGCAUCAGGAGACUGGGAAUUGUAUUCUGGUUUUGUCGAUAGAGACAAUAAUCCUCCUUGCAAAGCUGGUUUUGAGCCAGUUGGUGCAAACUGCAGAGUAAAGAGCAGCAAUAAACCCUGGUAUGAGGCAAAUCAGCAAAUUAGAUCUUCCUAUCGAUGUUCAUCGACGGGAUUCGCUUGUGUAAACAGCAAAACCCAUGUGAAGACUACGAAAUCCAGUUUCUUUGCUACAAACGCGAGUACAAGCCACCAGGCCACAAAUUUUGAAAACUUUCUUCUGUAA